UAAAUCUCUGAGCUACAUUCCCAUCCCUGGGCAAGUGGACGUCAAAACAAAACGUGAAAUAAAUAAAUAAACACAAAUAAAUUUAUUAUUUAGGAACUUAAUUAUUAUAUGUAUAUUUAGCAUGAGUGGAGAAAAACGAGAACACAGUGAUAGUGAAGAAGAAUGGAUUGGUCCAUUACCAUCAGAAGCUGCACCGUUAAAGAAAAAAAGAAUUUUGGAAUACGAGAGGGUUUAUGUGGACAAUUUACCAUGCAGUGAAACAUACGAAAAGAGCUAUAUGCACAAAGAUGUAAUUACUCACGUUUUGUUGACAAAUAGAACCAAUUUCGUCAUAACUGGUAGUUGUGAUGGUAGUAUCAAAUUUUGGAAGAAACAAGAAGAAUUAAUAGAAUUCGUAAAACAUUAUCGUGCUCACUAUAGAUCAAACAUUGUUGCAUUAAGUGCAAGCGGUAAUGGAGUUCACGCUUGUACAAUUAGUAAUGACAAAACAAUGAAAGUUUUUGACGUCAUAAAUUUUGAUAUGAUUAAUAUAUUAAAUUUAAACUAUAUACCUUCAUGUGCCGAAUGGAUUUAUUCUGAUGGAGAUGCUAUUCCCGCAAUUGCAGUAUCAGAUCAAGAUUCAAAUAAAAUUUUUAUUUACGAUGGUGUAGGAAAUUCUGAACCACUGCAUAUUUUUGAAAAACUUCACACAAAACCUGUCGUAACGUUGAAGUAUAACACCGUUUACGAAACUUGUAUAUCAGUUGAUAAAGCCGGAAUUCUUGAAUAUUGGACAGGACCAAAAUUGGAGUACAAAUUUCCGAAAUGUGUUAAAUUUGUCUCGAAAUUAGAUACGGAUUUAUUUGAAUUUGCUAAAAAUAAAACAUAUCCAUGUGGUUUGGCGAUAUCUCCAGAUGGGAAGAAAUUUGCUUCGCUCAAUAGAGAUAGACGGGUUCGAAUAUUUCAUUUUCUCACCGGUAAAUUAUACCGAGUAUUUGACGAAAGUCUUCAAAGGUACACGGAACUUCAACAGACAACACUGCAAUUACCAAACAUGGAGUUUGGUCGUCGAAUGGCUGUUGAAAGAGAGCUGGAUAAAACAGAGGCGAACCUCGGAAAUAUUGUAUUCGAUGAAUCUGGCUAUAUUGUUUUAUAUAGUACAAUGCUUGGAAUUAAACUCGUGAAUAUUUACACCAAUCGAUGCAUUAGAAUUUUGGCAAAACCAGAGAAUAUUCGUCCUAUGCAGUUGGCGCUUUUUCAAGGAAGAGCCAAAAAACCAGUGGGUGCUGUAAGUGUGGAAAUGGAAGCUUCGGAAAAUUGCACAUUAGAAUUGAAUAAACCAGAUCCAACUUUAUUUUGUACGGCUUUGAAGAAAAGUCGUUUUUAUUUGUUUACAAGACGUGAACCCGAGGAUACAAAGAGUCAAGAUUGUGAUCGUGAUGUCUUCAAUGAAAAACCAUCGAAGGAGGAUAUUAUAUCGGCAACAGAGGCGACUAAUAUGCAAAGAAUAUACGAUAACGCUAUUGUUCACACAACAAUGGGCGAUAUUCAUUUGAACUUUUUCAGUAAAGAUGUACCAAAAACGGUUGAAAAUUUUUGUGUUCACUCGAAAAAUGGUUAUUACAAUAAUCACAUAUUUCAUCGGGUCAUGAAAACAUUUAUGAUUCAAACUGGAGAUCCAACUGGAACAGGAACUGGUGGUGAAAGUAUAUGGGGUGGCGAAUUUGAGGAUGAAUUUAAACCACAUUUAAAGCACGAUAGACCUUAUACGCUUAGUAUGGCAAAUGCAGGACCCAAUACAAAUGGAAGUCAAUUUUUUAUCACACUCACACCAACGUCGUGGCUUGAUAACAAACACACGGUUUUCGGCAGAGUUGUAAAAGGAAUGGAAGUUGUACAGAAUAUUAGUCAAGUAAAAACAAAUCCUAAAACAGACAAACCUUACGAUGACAUUAGAAUAGUCAGUAUUACUGUAAAAUAAAAUUCUGUGAGUAAAAUACAAUUUACAUUUUUA